AUGGGUAUAUUCCCUGGAUUUGGUAGCUGGAUCAGUAAGAACAAUCAACAGCCUCAUAAGGCCGAGUCCAAGAAAUCAGAAAAUGACGAAUCUAAGUCGAUGUCAGAGAAAGACCCAAAUAAUAAUGCCCCUGCUAACAACAAGAUCAAGAAAGAUUAUGGUUAUGAUGAAAAAGAGGAGAUGAGACAACAUAUACUUUGGCAUGAAGAAGAGAAGAAGCAUCCUUGGCAUAGUUCCCCUCCCAAGGCCAAGGUGACAACUAAAAAGGGUGUUUACCAUAUGAACUUAGAAAUAACCAUAGGAGCGACGCCUGAAAAAACCUUCUUAUGGUUGACUGAUCCAUGGGGCAGUUCGUUUUUAGAUAAGAAGAUGUGGCGCGACCUUAUGAAAAACACAUCAAGAACGGUUUUGACGGAGGAUGGUCCAAGGAAGGUCAUCAAGGUGAAGAAAUUUGUGGUAUUUGACUUCUUUUCGCUGACUUAUAUACCUAUCCCGUUACAUCUAAUAGUGGAAGAAAACAAAAAAGAUCUUACGGGAAAAUAUAAGAAAGAGAAAGUAAUGUUGAUGAAAGUGUUCGAGGGAAACUAUAAAGUGGAGCCUGUAUAUGUAGAUCAAGAACGGUUGUGCAAAAAGAGGUUACCAAAGAGUGCAGCAGAAUAUAGAAAAUGUAGCGGUGGCCAAGGAAAGAUUGGGUCAAAAUUGAUAAUAAAUCAAUACUUUCAGCCAUAUCCUCCAUUUAAUCUACCGCCACUUUCUUGGUACAUCCGUGGGAGCACCAUCAAAACCUCCAAAAAUCUGCUCAUUGCGCUUCAGAACACAGCUACGAGUGCACGAAAGGCUGGGCCGCUGAAAGAACCACCAAAAUCGUUUUAG